AUCUGACCGAAGGCGUUUCCUGGUUUAAUUACUUGUUACUUUGCAACUAGAUCCUUAAAAUUUAGAACUUUGUCCACUGUUGCUUCACAAAACGAAUGUUCGGACAAUAUAUAUAAAUAAAUACAUUUAUUAUGGAAUAUACCGGUGGUAGUUUGGAGGCAGAUCACCUCUGCGUGCUUGUUCAUGGGCUCUGGGGCAACCCGAACCAUAUGAGAUCGGUCGCGAAGGCGCUGAGAGACGCCUAUCCCGAAGACAAGCUCUACAUUCUAGUCGCUGAACGAAAUGCCGGCAGCUUUACGUACGAUGGCAUCGAACUCGGAGGCGAGCGCGUAUGUCUCGAGAUUGAAGAAGAGCUAGAAAAGAUUAAAAAUAAGGGCGGCAAGAUAACAAAGCUCAGUAUUGUUGGAUAUUCUUUGGGAGGCCUCGUUGCUCGCUAUGCCGUUGGACUACUCGAGAUGAGAGACGUGUUUCGUCAGGUAGAACCAGUGAACUUCGUAACAUUCGCGUCGCCGCAUCUUGGUGUUCGAUCUCCCUUAAAGGGGUGGCUUAACAACGUUUGGAACGUCCUGGGCGCACGUAUGCUAUGUAUGUCUGGAAGACAAUUGUUCAUAAUCGAUGACUUCCGCGACACCGGCCGACCAUUGCUCGAGGUGCUUGCCGAUCCCGAGUCGAUCUUCAUAUCAGGAUUAAAGAGAUUUAAACGUCGAACACUCUAUGCGAAUGUGGUCAACGAUAGGAGCGCAGUAUAUUACACUACCUGCAUAGCUAAGACGGACCCUUAUACGGACCUGAGUAAAGUCAAGGCCAAUUUUGUUAAGGGCUACGAAGACAUUAUUCUAGACCCUCUAAAUCCAGUCGCGCCUCUAGUUUCUAAGAGUGCCGGUAAAGCGAUGGCCGACAUUACUGCGGGCAACCCAAGUAAUCUACGGAGGAUGCUGUUUAUAUCUGCGCUAGUUGUUUUUCUCCCAGUUGGCAUUGUUGCGUUGAUAGUCAACUCGAUCGUGCAAACGUUCCGUAGCUCGAAGCGCAUUCGAUUACACGAAUCGGGGCUCGCAGGUAUUCAGGUUAAGGACUACCGAAGUCCAAUUUGGAUCAAGGACCUCCGUGGUACUGUGGAAGGUGUCUAUGAAAGCCUUAAUAACUUGCAAGGAGAGUCGUACCUACGAGCAUCAGACGACGAGCGCGACGAUGGUCAGUUGAAUAAGGCUGAGACACAGAUCAUAGCCUUAGAACGGAAGAAAUCACACCCGCAGUUCCCAACUUUAGCUCUAGCACCUUCUCAGUUUUUGAUGAUCGAUGAGCUAGACAAGGUUGGCUGGCGCAAAUAUCCUGUUUGGAUUCAUCAAGACCGACAUAGUCAUGCUGCUAUUAUCGUCCGAUCCGACACACCUCGAUUUAAGGAAGGUCUUGUUGUACUUCGACACUGGCUUAGUGGGGAGUUCCUGAUCUAAUUCGUAGCUCAUGAUUUGUUCAAGUACCUAGACUGCUGGAUUAUACCAACAUAAGGCGUUCAAUGGUGGAGUUGCGAGUGCAUAUUGUGUUGUAAUAGGCUUUUGGGCGGAUAUACAUGAAGCGUUUGUGAAAUUAAAAAUUAAGUUACGUCGAUUUUCUUAAAUAUGUAGAUUAACUAUAUAGAAUUCUCAACUUAGCCUUUCAGCUAAUGAAGACUUAA